CUCCCGCUAAUUGUUUCUCAUUUGAGUAAAUCUCUGCAUAAGAAUUGUUUGGCCAACUCAGUUCCUCUGACAACUUGUAAUACAAAACCCACGCUCUAGGACAAAACCAUUCAUAAGAGUUGGAUUUCUUCUCGACACCGAUAUCUCUUUGACGAGUCGCGCCAUCUGUGUAAAAGGAUUAGCUCUGCGUCCCGAGUUGCAGAUCUGCGGCCGAGAUGGCAGCAAAAUUAUCUCCGUCGGGCGGCUCGCUUUUUCUUUCUUUAUUUCUCUCAAUGCCAACUCGUCUCGGCGAUUUAUUUAUGUUCGGCCUUAAUAAGAAUAAAUGGGAGGCCGAUUUGUAUUUUUUUGCGCGCGAUCAAUUUGCAAUCAAGAUAAAAUUAACAGGCUCCAUUCUCAAAACCGCUCACACCUCCGGUGCGAAAUUUAUUUAGCGCUGCAUGCGAGUUAAUGGGUCGUGAACAUAAAUAUAGCAGCGCUAUGACGGCGGUGCGCUCUCCGGAUAAUUACAUAGCGCAAACGUGGGUCGUGCGUAUUCGUAAGUCGAGUGCGAUUCGCCGCCCACACGAGAGUAUUCUGGACAGGCCUGUGGCGCGCAUCUCUCUCGAGAAAAAAGCAACCUCGGUGUAAAUUUUCUUAAUAAAUAGAAUCAAGAAAUCCUGGACCUCUAUUACAGUAAUUAGCACUUGAAAAUCAUUUAAAAGCCUUCAGGCCGGCUGACAUGGCUCGGUCAACCGAUCCGCCUCGUUUCCACGCAGGAAAACCAAUAAUUACCCUAAUUGACAACGAUCAUUAUUACGAGCCGGGCCAUUAAUCGAAACGAGCGCCUUUGUAGUUAAAAAAGCAAACGCGUUCCUUCGCAGGAACAGUCGGGGCUGAUUUUCGGCCCAUGUUUACGCUCGGCAUAGCACGGCCGUCGGGAGUUUGGCGCUGCGCGAGUCGUUGGCCGGGUGGUGUCUGGAAAUAGACCACACUCGCGCAAGCAGCAGCAAAACCAACCACCUCGCCGUCUCGGCAGUCAGUCCGACCCGUUUGUCAGCCGCAAAAUGUGAAGAGAAAAUUUAAAGGACAAAAUGCAGCAGCAGCCGCUCGAGUGGUCGCUGCACGCGCAACUGACCUUUUCGCACUCGGGUCUUCCUGGCAACGUGCGGCCCUCGGUCACCAGCUACUCGAGCGACAAUGGCGGCCUCCGCAUGGAGUACACCUUUCGGUCGGGACCUGAGCAGCAACAGCCGCCGCCGGAGGCCUCCGGCUACAACUUCCAGCGAGGCAACCUCCUCUUCAGCACGCGGCCCCCGCAAAGGCCGCAGAGAGGUGGCCGCAGCCACUCCUUCCACAGCGGCACCAACACGUCCACCAUCGUCGUGGACCGAUGCGGACGGCACGACUCGUCAGGCUACAGCAGCGAGCACUACGGCAGUUUGCCCCACCGGCAGCCCGCCAAGCAACAGGCCUACGACCGCAGGUGCAAAAGCACGGCCAGCAUAAUUUUGGCACCGCCGGAGUUCCCGGUCGUCCCAGAAGAAACAAAAUUGUCCCUGUCGCCGGUGGACAGACGCCGAAGAAAGGACGUCCGAGAUGCGGAGGCUCAGACGGUCUCGCCGGUGCCCACCGUCAAAAGCUGCAAACCCUUGGUACCUUCGGUGGCGCCGAAAAUGGGCAGCAAGGCCUACAACUCAAGGAGGAAAACCGACUCGGACGUGCUGCUGCAAGUCCCCGUUCUGCAACUGCCUGAGGCGGAUGAUUCCGAACGCAAGAACGGACGAAAGUUGACUCGCUCGCCGGCGCGACUGGGCGGCAAAUCUCCCCUUCUGCAGAAACGCCACCCCGCCGCGAACGACUCUUCCGAUUCGUCGAAAUCAAGCAGAAGUCUGAAAUUAGUGAACACCAAGUCGGACAAUCGCCGACCACGGACGGUUCACAUCGACGUGUACUGCACCGGCUCGGAGGAGGACGCGGACGACAGCGGCUCGUCGACGCCGACCAGCUGCACCAGCAACACGACCACCCCGCAAACGGUGUUCGACAGUGGCGACUUUCGCGUGACCCACUCCAAAGCUGGCAAGAGCAGCGGCUUGCCCGCUUUGUUUUCCAGACAAGUCUCGCACAAAACUCAGAGUUUCAAAUUCGCGCAGAAAGAAGAUUCGUGUGACGAACUGCGCGGCUACCAAAGCGACGACUUGAGUUCUUUGUACCCGUCUCGCAGUUCUUUCGAAUCCGUCGACAUCCCUUUGCCCAGCAGGGACGCUUCUUGGUCGACCAUCACCAGCAGUAUAGCUCCGUUUGAGGAGGACACGAAUUCCUCCUGGAAGGACACUACCGAGUCUGGGGCGGAUAUCAGAGAAAGUAGCCUCACUCAAAGUGACAGUUUCGACUACGCAGAAAGUUUCGACAAAAUCAGACUGACCGAAAAGGACAGGGAGUGGGGCGGCGUCAAAGAGGGCAAAUCGUGGCGGUCCCCGGAGGCGGAGCGGAGGCAGAUGCUGCAGCAGCAGAGGUUCAAAGAGUUUCUCGCCAAGCAUUUCCACAAAACGCCCAGAUGGUCCGACAGCAGCACCGAGGAGUCCUGCUGGGAGGUGGGCAGGGUGCAGCGGGAGGACUCAUCGCGCAGGGCCAACUACCCACUCUCUGGCAGCGCGCCCAGUGUGACGGACACUGCCAGUCUCAGCGGCGAGUUCAUCUCUUUUGUAUCGCCGGUCGGCUCUUAUGUAAACACCUCGCCGACCCAAAGGUCUUCCUCAAAACCCGUAAACGUCAUGAAAUUGUCCGAGAGAUUCGGCCCGAUUGUUGGCUCUUUGAAGAAGCCAGGAACCCACUCGGGACCUUCGAAAAACCCCGACUGCCCCUGCGACCACUGCCGCAGCUUCUACGAAGAAACGGGAUUCCGAGACCGAGCGUACUCGGCCGGGGACAUGCCCACCUCAAUUUGGCCUGGCAGGGGCGACGUUUGAUUUUGAAAAUCUAUAGGCGUGUUAAUUUCUAUUAAGUUCUUGUUUGCAUUUUUAAUGAAAAAAGAAAAUAUUUAAUUGUGUUGUCUUUGGGACCGUUUUUAGAAACCUGUUACUAGUGUUUCUCGUAUUUAUAUUUAAAACGCACUGUUACAUUCUCAAUAAAUUUUUUUCUUUUGAUAUAAUUUUCCACCUGUGUGUCUAAUUAUUACCCCAAUCCUAUUGAGUUGGCCAAACAUUUUAU